AUGACUACCCUCGAAGAAUCAUUAGGAGACCCCGUUGCGACGGCAGGGAGGCUAUUCUGCGAAGGUAUGCCAUGGGAGAAGCUGAGGAAUUGGACCUCUCUGGCAACCCUUGUUGUGCUGGUUGUCAUCAAUUUUGUGGUGAUUUUCGGUAAUGUGUUAAUCAUAGCGGCCGUUUUGGCAUCGAACAAACUUAGGACAGUAACCAACUACUUUGUGAUCUCAUUGGCUGUGGCCGAUCUCCUCGUGGGGCUGACCGUCAUGCCCUACUCCAUAACACUUGAGGUUUUCCGGGCCUGGCCGUUCGGAGGAUACUUUUGCAAAAUCUGGCUAGCAGUGGACGUCUGGCUAUGCACUUCAUCGAUCCUCAAUCUCUGUGCCAUCUCAGUCGAUCGAUAUCUGGCCAUCACCCGACCAAUGAAGUAUAGGACACUAAUGUCAUCGAAGAGAGCCCGUCUGUUGAUCGUCUUGGUGUGGGUGACUGCUUUCCUCAUCUGCUUUCCGCCUCUGGUUGGCUGGAACGACCUCGAUGACGCAUCCGCUGGAUCGGUUUCACUUCAGUCGACAUCGCCAAAGGGUACUUACGAUAAGAGCGACUCGCCCGCCGGCCUCGUGGGUAACGCGAGCGCCUUCAACAGCAGCGACGACGACACGGGCGAAGUAUGCGAGUAUCCACGAUGCGGUCUGGUCAACAGCCUCGGCUAUGUCGUGUACUCCGCCAUGGGCUCGUUCUACAUACCUAUGUUCUUCAUGUUGUUUUUCAACUACCGCAUCUACGUGUCAGCCAUUCAAACGGGCCAGGCACUUGAGCGAGGUUUCAUUCUCGCGAAGAACAAGGGCGGAUCUUCGAACUCGAAUCAGAUGCAACAGAUGACUUUGCGAGUACAUCGAGGCAACGCCAAGUCGACCAUCGCCACCAAUCAGGCCUCAGUCUCAGAGACCUGUAUAGUCGAUGGCAUUGUAACUGGGCGUAGAAGGCCUGGAGCGAAAAACUCGCUGGUUCCAGAGACACGGUCUGCGCCUCCUUCAUUUAAGGGCAACGCUGACCUCAAAGGAAGCGGCAGCAAAAGAAGGAGCAGUUCGGCAAAGACGAACGGGCAACAGAAUAGUCACCAGAGGAAGACGAGCUCGUCGAAUAAGAAGAGUCUCCGCUGGCAAGCACGGAGAUUUAGAACAGAAGCCAAAGCUACUAAAACCGUAGGAUCGAUCGUAGGAGCCUUCAUUUGCUGUUGGCUUCCAUUCUUCACGGUGUACCUCGUGAAAGCUUUUUGCGAAAGUUGCAUACAUGAUAUCGUGUUUGGCGUUUUCUUUUGGCUCGGAUAUUUGAAUUCCGCUCUGAACCCGCUAAUAUACGCGCUCGUAUCGAAGGACUUCCGACAUGCAUUCAAGAAGAUACUAUGCCGUUGUUGCCUCAAGCGAGGCGGCAUCAGCAGUCUCAUCAAGCAAGUCCAUCAGCUGACGGUCCUCGACGAUGUGGCAAACGCUGACGAAGAUGUUCUGCCCUCAGCAGCUCAGCCUUCUCCGUAG